AGGAAGCACAUUUGCACGACUUGUAACAAGUCGUUCAAUAGGCCGAGUAGCCUCAGGAUACACGUUAACACGCAUACCGGUGCUACCCCAUUUCGUUGUCCAUUCCCCGGAUGCGGUAGGGAAUUCAACGUCAACUCCAACAUGCGCCGCCACUACCGAAACCAUACU